CUCAUCACGUUCAAAGACAGCUAGGAAAGAGAGUAUGGUUAAUAUGUACGAAUGUCAGUAUCUAGUGCAGUGUGAGAAUAUACAUUAGUUAGCUUAAUACAUCACCAUAUGAGAGCCUAGAGGAAACAUGGAUAGGCUAAAUAAUACUAUCCAUUAUUUCCACAUUCUCUAAAGCAGACCAACCUCCUUAAAUUAAUUAGACAACGCGCCCUUCAAUAGGCUUUAAGAAACCUUUGGAAAAGGGCGUGUCAGUGUCCCCUUGGUUCACACAUCUGACGUGGGUCAUGGUAUCUGUCAAAUUAGUUUUAUUUUCGUCUCGAUAACCUGCGUACGGUUAUAUUCUAUCAACCAAUUUAACCGUAGGCUACUCACGCUACACAUCAAAGGAACUGUGUUGUAAAUGAAAAUCUCUGAAUAAAGAGAGCCCAGGGUUUAGCUGUCUUCCACAAGUGUUCAUCCGCAGAAUCUAGCACUGAGCGGAAUAGAAACGGUUCCUGGAAAUCGAUCGCAUGUGUGCGGGGUAGUUAAGGCAUUUGAACGACGGGUUGCUUGCUUGUUUAUGUGGUGUGAAAGACUGCAGAUAUUGAACAGCGACUAAAACGUUUUGGGAACUUUAAGCAACUGAUUGAAUUAUUCAGCGGAAAGUUAUUGACCUCCUGAAAGGUGAAUUUGGCUCCCAGUGUUGGAAAGCAGACUGCACCAGGUGUUCCUCUAGGAUUUUAUGUGACUUGGCGCCAAGAUGUCCAAUGAGCGUGAUGUGGGGGACCAUGGGCCAAUGAAACUGUUCACUACCAUGUUCUCGUCCCUCCAGGAGAAGUUCCACAGAGACCGGAGUGAUAGGGAUUCCACCCUGCCUCGGCCUACAGCCCCAGCCCUAGUGGUGACCUCAGCCCAGAACCAGAGUCACCUCUUCUUUGAGUACCUGGUGGUGGUCAGCCUACGGAAGAAGAGAGGAGAAGGAACGUACGAACCCCAGAUCACAUAUCAGUUCCCCAAGCUGGCUAACAUGAGGCGCUCUCAGAGAGAGGAAGAAGAGAAGUCCCUGAAAGCCAUCCUCCUUUUCUGUUUCCCAGAGGGGGUGAACUGGGCCCCCCUGACUGAAUACGCCAGUGAGACAUUCUCCUUCGUGUUGACAGAGGUCGAUGGCAGUAGGAGGAAUGGCUACUGCAGGAGGUUACUGCCCAGUGGCAAAGGGGCACGGCCUCCGGAGGCCUAUUGCAUCAUCAGCCAGGUGGCCUGCUUUGGACUCUUCUCCAAGAUCUUUGAUGAGGUGGAGAAGCGCAGGCAGAUCUCCAUGGCGAUGAUCUAUCCAUUCAUGCAGAGCCUGAGGGAGGCGCCGUUCCCUGCUCCUGGAAACACUGUCAAGAUCAAGAGCUUCAUACCAGAGUCUGGAACAGAGGUCAUCAGUUUGACAAGGCCGUUGGACUCGUGGUUGGAGCAUGUGGAUUUCCGGACACUGUUCCGCUGUCUCACAGACGAGGAGGUGCUGCGGGUGUUUGCCUCCACCGUUCUCGAACGACGAAUCAUCUUCAUGGCUGACGAACUCAGUACCCUGUCCCAGGUGUUGCAUGCGGUUGCGGCGCUGCUCUAUCCGUUCACAUGGCAACACACCUUCAUCUCCAUCGUUCCUUCAGUGCUGAUUGAUGUCGUCAUGGCACCCACUCCCUACCUGCUUGGUGUGCAAAAGAACAAACUGGAUGAUGUCAUUGACCAGAGCGACAUGCUCAUUGUAGAUCUGACAGAGGGAGCAGAGAACACCUUCAUCACUUGUAUAGGAGACGAGAGCACCAUCCUACCAGAGAAACUACAGGAGGAGCUUCUCCAGGCCUUGUGUUGCAGGAAAGACAACUCCACCUCGGAGGAGUUGAAUAAGGUGGUCUCGGAGGCCUUCCUCUCCUUCUUUGUGAAGACUGUGGGUCACUUCCCCUCCCAUGUUAAACGCAGAAGCGGCGGGCAGCCUGGAGUAUUCCAGAUCAACAGCUUCUGCAAGGCCUCCGAGCCGAAGGCCAGCCGCCAAUUUGUCAAACGCUUCAUCCAGACACAGAUGUUUGACCUCUUCAUCCAGGAAGUGGAGAGACAGCCCACACAGGAAGGAUUCUUCCACCAAAAAAUUGCAGAGUACCAACAAAGUAAGAAGAAAGAGAAGGCAAAGAGAGGCUGGGUGAGAGGACUUGUGGUGUAAAUGUAGGCGUCCUCAGACAAAUAGAUUCUGAUCAUGUGUACAUUUGUGAUGCUGGAUAAGGGUGACGCUACAGGACGUUGCUCCUGUCUGUGGAGCGAAGAUGGUGACAAUCUAAGUCUGCAGUAUUUUCUCUUGCCUGUAGAAAUUGUAGGCUACUCCCCUGUCAUGUUGAAUGAAUGUGUGCUAAAGAUGAAGAAACACAAACAUGUUUUUGUCAAUGUUUCUACGUUUAUUGAAGGAUGUGUUACUUCUGUUGUGAUGACUUGGCAAAAGGUUUAUUUAUUGUACUUUUGUGCUGCAAGAUGCUCUUACUUAUAUAUGCUCUUAUAACUAAACAUACCUAUGAGUAUUUCAUAGUAUUCUAAAUAUUUUGUGUUUAUGCCUACUGAGUGCCUUAUAAAUUGUUAUUUUGUUUAUUUAAGCUGUGGGUAUGAAUGUGGAAGUUAGGAUGUGAAUAAGCACUUUUUUAAAAAUGGUGAAUAAAAGUUGGACCAAUGAUG